ACGCGGAUAUCAAUGAGUUUGAUUUCCUGAAUUGUGAGACGGGUAUACUCAUUGUGUAGUUAACGGCUUGGGAAAGAAGACGUGAGCGUGUGGUUAGUUUGACAGUACGCGUUGGUGCGUCAAGUGUGCGACAAGUGUCUUCUUGCUUUUGUUGUUAGUUAUUAGACAUAUUAGUCUAACGAUCCCUUUGGAGUUGCCCGACACAGGGUGUGGUGGUGUCCGUUUAUUUAUAGAACUAUAAAGGCGUUUCAAAAAAAACUAUAUCAAAAUGUCGCUGUAUCCAUCUUUAGAAGACAUGAAAGUCGACCAUAUGAUUAAGGCUCAACUUCAAGCAGAGCAACAAUAUACUCCUCACCCUACACCGGUGCAGUCAGCUCCCAUUCCAAACACAGGAACUCCUUCUGCACCUGCACAUCAUAUUUUAUACCCAUCUCUUGGUGAUUAUAUGGGAUUGGAACUCAGCGAGGAUGUAAUAGCUCAAAAUAUGCCUGAGUAUGCAUUAGUCAACAGACAAUCGACAGCCGUAGCACCUCUGCCUUCAUCAACCGGAGGAUUAUCAGGCAUGAUUGCCCCACUCUCUGGGAAUUCAGUUGGCUUACACAAAGGGCAUGUUACUAAUGGUAUUCGAGAAUUAAUCCUUUGCAAAGACAAGGAUGGAAAAAUUGGCCUUAGAGUACAUCCGGUAAAUAACGGAAUUUUCGUUUGUCUCGUGAGCCCGGAUUCCCCAGCUGUAAUGGCAGGGCUACGUUUCGGUGAUCAAAUCUUGGAAAUCAACGGAAUCACCGUAGCUGGCUAUUCCAUGGAUCAGGUGCACAAAAUAUUACGUAAAGCUCCUGAGAAUGGAAUCAGAGUCGUUGUCAGAGAUAGACCAUUCGAAAGAAGCAUCACAUUGCACAAGGACAGUGUUGGACACAUCGGGUUCCAGUUCAAAAAUGGGAAGAUUACAGCUUUGGUAAAAGAUUCUUCGGCUGCUAGGAAUGGAUUAUUGACCGAUCAUCAGCUCCUCGAAGUUAACGGCAAGAACGUGGUUGGAUUGAAGGACAAAGAAAUCGGUGCCGAAAUCGAAAAGGGUGGCGAUAUCAUCACGAUUACAAUCAUUCCCUCGUAUAUCUACGAUCACAUGAUCAAGAAAAUGUCCGGAAGCCUACUGAAAUCAGCGAUGGACCAUUCAGUGCCAAAUCUUUAGAGCA